GAAAACACUGCAGUUACCCGGAGUCUGGGCUGUAGGUGAACCGGCAGCUAUGACUAUCUAUUGCCAGCUGUGGCGCUACAAACAAAUUCGCAUCCGAUUAUUCCGCAACGAAGAAGAAAUUGAUCAGUCACCUAGCUGCACUAGCUAACCGAUAGUUCACAGACCAGCAACUAUGGAAGAGGCAAAAAAGAAAGAGACUAAGCAGCCUGAGAAGACUGAUGACAAAGACAAAGAGAAGGGACAACAGUCCUCUGGGAAGGACAAGGAAAAGAAAGAGGAGCAGGAAUUGUCUGAGGAGGACAAGCAGUUACAGGAGGACCUGGAGAUGAUGGUGGAGAGGCUGAGCGAGAAGGACACAGCCUUGUAUCGUCCCGCCUUAGAGGAGCUGCGCAGACUAAUCCGCUCCUCGACCACCUCCAUGACCUCAGUACCGAAGCCCCUGAAAUUCCUGCGCCCACACUAUGGCAAGCUCAAAGAGAUCUAUGAGGGCAUGGCCCCGGGCGAGAACAAGCGUUUUUGUGCCGACGUGGUGUCGGUGCUGGCCAUGACCAUGAGCGGUGAGCGGGAGUGUUUGAAGUACCGUCUCCUGGGUUCUCAGGAAGAGUUGGCCUCCUGGGGACACGAAUAUGUCAGGCACCUCGCGGGGGAGGUGGCCAAGGAGUGGCAGGAAGUAGAGGAGAACGAUAAGACCCAGCAGGAGACGCUACUGAAGCUCGUCAAGGAGAUUGUGCCCUACAACAUGGCCCACAAUGCCGAGCACGAGGCAUGUGACCUCCUGAUGGAGAUCGAGAGGCUGGAAAUGCUGGAGGACUACAUUGAUGAAAAUGCCUAUGGCAAAGUAUGCCUGUACCUCACCAGCUGUGUGAGUUACGUUCCUGAGCCAGAGAACUCGGCUCUGUUGAGAUGUGCCUUGAACAUCUUCAGGAAGUUCAGCCGCUAUCCCGAGGCUCUGCGGCUGGCCCUGAUACUCAACGACGUGGAGCUGGUGGAGAACAUCUUCACGUCCUGCAAGGACAUAGUCAUCCAGAAGCAGAUGGCCUUCAUGCUGGGCCGCCACGGCAUGUUCCUGGAGCUCAACGAGGACGUGGAAGACUACGAGGACCUGACGGAGAUCAUGUCCAACGUGCAGCUCAACAGUAACUUCUUGGCUUUGGCCAGAGAGUUGGACAUUAUGGAGCCCAAAGUUCCGGACGACAUCUACAAAACGCACCUGGAAAACAACAGAUUUGUGCUGAGCCCCGUUUCCAGGGCGCCGGUCAGCUCUGUGCUGUGCGUUCCAGGGUUCGGCGGCAGUGGCUCCCAGGUGGACUCGGCCCGGAUGAACCUGGCCUCCUCCUUCGUCAACGGCUUCGUCAACGCCGCCUUCGGGCAGGACAAGCUGCUCACGGACGACGGCAACAAGUGGCUGUACAAGAACAAGGACCACGGUACCGGAACACACGCCACCCCCACAGGGAACCUCACGCGCAUGCUGAGUGCUGCGGCCUCUCUGGGGAUGAUCCUGCUGUGGGACGUGGAUGGGGGUCUGACCCAGAUCGACAAGUACCUUUACUCCUCCGAGGACUACAUCAAGUCUGGAGCCCUGCUGGCCUGCGGCAUCGUGAACUCGGGUGUGAGGAAUGAAUGCGACCCUGCUCUGGCCCUGCUGUCCGACUACGUCCUGCACAACAGCAACGUCAUGAGGAUAGGAGCCAUCUUUGGACUGGGCCUCGCUUACGCAGGCUCCAACAGAGAAGACGUCCUCUCUCUGCUGCUUCCCGUCAUGGGAGACUCCAAAUCCAGCAUGGAGGUGGUCGGAGUGACGGCGCUGGCGUGCGGCAUGAUCGCGGUGGGCUCUUGUAACGGGGACGUCACCUCCACCAUCGUCCAGACCAUCAUGGAGAAGAACGAGCAGGAGCUGAAGGACACCUACGCCCGCUGGCUGCCUCUGGGGCUGGGGCUCAACCACCUGGGCAAAGGAGAAGCCAUCGAGACCACGCUGGCGGCUUUACAGGUUGUCCCCGAACCUUUCCGCAGCUUCGCAAACACACUGGUGGACAUCUGUGCCUAUGCAGGUUCUGGCAAUGUGCUCAAGGUGCAGCAGCUUCUCCAUAUCUGCAGUGAGCACUAUGAAGCUAAGGAGAAGGAGAAAGAGGAGGACAAGGACAAGAAGGAUAAGAAGGACAAAGACAAGAAGGACUCUGCUGCUGACAUGGGCUCCCACCAGGGUGUGGCUGUUCUUGGAAUUGCGCUGAUUGCUAUGGGAGAGGAGAUCGGCUCUGAAAUGGCCCUGCGGACCUUCGGACACCUGCUGCGGUACGGCGAGCCCACCCUCCGGCGAGCCGUGCCCCUGGCCCUGGCCCUCAUCUCCGUGUCAAACCCCCGCCUGAACAUUCUGGACACGCUCAGCAAGUUUUCCCACGACGCCGACGCAGAGGUGUCCCACAAUUCCAUCUUUGCCAUGGGCAUGGUGGGCAGCGGCACGAACAACGCCCGCCUGGCGGCCAUGCUGCGGCAGCUGGCCCAGUACCACGCCAAAGACCCCAACAACCUGUUCAUGGUCCGGCUGGCACAGGGGCUGACUCACCUGGGCAAAGGCACGCUCACACUGUGCCCCUACCACAGCGACCGGCAGCUGAUGAGUCAGGUGGCCGUGGCCGGCCUGCUGACCGUGCUCGUGUCCUUCCUAGACGUCAAGAACAUAAUCCUUGGGAAGUCCCACUACAUCCUCUACGGGCUGGUGGCGGCCAUGCAGCCGCGCAUGCUGGUGACCUUCGACGAGGAGCUGCGGCCGCUGCCGGUGUCGGUCCGGGUGGGGCAGGCGGUGGACGUGGUGGGCCAGGCGGGCAAACCAAAGGCCAUCACGGGCUUCCAGACUCACACCACCCCAGUGCUGCUGGCCCACGGGGAGAGGGCGGAGCUGGCCACCGAGGAGUACCUCCCCGUCACCCCCAUCCUGGAGGGCUUCGUCAUCCUUCGCAAAAACCCCAACUACGAAACCUAGACUGGCCCCCGUCCCCCCGUUCUCACUGGGGGUCCCCUUGUUUGAAAGGGCGGCCUUGAAAAGGCUCCUGGCAUUUGUUAUAUUUAGUUACUCAUUGCAUGGCUGAAGACGGACAUCUAUCUGCAGCCCCACUCCAGCAGCCAUAAGAAAUGAACGGAGGGCUGGCGAUGUAGGGAGUCAUCUGUGAUCUGCCCCCCCUCUCUCACAGAUGCAUCUGCACAGCUCUAAAUCUGGUACACGUCGGAUAAGCACUGACCCAACUGGGACCAGUUCACCCAUCUCCUGUAAACCCUUCAGUUACCAGUCAGUGAGUGACCACUGCUCAGUCCAUGUUUGCCUCCUGCUUUACUCCUCCGUCAUCUUUUUGUAAUUAGAACAUUGAAAGUAUGUAUUCUACAUCACUCAGUUUUUGUUUUUGUUACAGCUGGUGAAAAAGAUUGAAUCAAAAAUAAUAAAAAAAGAUUUGUUUGGUGA